AUGGCGUCCCGGGGGAAGCAGCAACAAGGGCGCAGCCUAUCAUCUCUAUUUUCUUGCUGCCUCAAAGGAAGUGACCAACCAGAGAUCACCUACUGCCAUGAUAACAUCACCACUAUGACUGUACUGGAACCCAACCUGCCUAUGCCCCCUCUUCAAGAGCUGGACUCUAUGUUCACUGAGCUGGUGGAUGAACUGGACCUUACAGAGGAGCACAGAGUCGCCAUGUUUGCUUUGCCAGCAGAGAAAAAAUGGCAGAUCUACUGUAGUAAGAAAAUGGAAACAGAAGAGAAUAAAGGAGCAACCAGCUGGCCAGAGUUUUAUAUUGACCAGCUCAGGUCCAUAGCUGCUAGGAAGACUCUGCUGGCACUGGAGGAUGAGGAAGAACAGGGAAGACAUAAGAUCGUAGAAGGUCUGAAGACAGCCCUGAGGACACAGCCCAUGAGCUUUGUCACACGUUUCAUUGAGUUGGACGGCCUGUCUUGUAUCCUGAAUUUCCUCAAGUCAAUGGACUAUGAGACAACAGAGUCUCCGAUCCACACUUCACUGAUUGGCUGUAUCAAAGCUCUGAUGAACAACUCACAGGGCAGAGCUCAUGUCCUGGGUCACUGUGAGAGCAUCAAUAUCAUCGCACAAAGUCUGGCCACUGAAAACAUCAAAACCAAGGUUGCAGUGUUAGAGAUCCUGGGUGCAGUGUGUUUGGUGCCAGGAGGCCAUAAGAAAGUUCUGGAAGCCAUGCUGCACUACCAGACAUUUGCCUCAGAGAGAACACGCUUUCAGACCCUGCUGACAGACUUGGAUAGAUCCACAGGUCGCUACAGAGAUGAAGUUAAUCUCAAGACUGCAAUCAUGUCCUUCAUCAAUGCUGUGCUCAGCAAAGGAGCAGGAGAGACCAGUCUGGAGUUCCGUAUCCAUUUGCGCUAUGAGUUCCUGAUGUUGGGAAUUCAGCCUGUCAUUGACAAACUACGCUCUCAUGAUAAUUCCACCCUGGACAGACAUCUGGACUUUUUUGAGAUGCUGAGGAAUGAAGAUGAACUUCUGCUGUCCAAACGCUUUGAUGCAGUUCAUAUAGAAACUAAAAGUGCGAGCCAGAUGUUUGAGCUGAUCAAGAAGAAUCUGAAUCACACUGAAGCUUACCCUCACCUCCUGUCUGCACUGCAGCACUGUCUCAUGAUGCCAUAUAAGCAGAACAGUAACACCCUUCAGUACUGGGUGUUGCUGGACCGAAUAGUUCAGCAGCUGGUUCUGCAGACAGACAAAGGUGAAAACCCUGACGUUGCUCCACUGGAGGACUUCAACGUUAAGAACAUUGUUCGCAUGCUGGUUAAGGAGAAUGAGGUCAAACAAUGGAAAGAACAAGCAGAUAAAAUGAGAAAAGAGCAUCAGAACUUACAGCAGCGUUUUGAAAAGAAAGAGAGAGAGUGUGAGGCCAAGAAUAAGGAGAAAGAAGACAUGAUGGCCAUGCUGAACAAGAUGAAAGACAAACUGGAGCGAGAAAGCAAUGACCACAAGCAAGCUAAACUACAAGUAGCAGAGCUGUCUGCUCGGCUGCAGCAACUAAACUCUGUAUGUUCACCAACACAAGAUACAUUUAUCUGUGUUUUUGUUCCAGGUGGACCUCCUGUGACGUCCGGUGGUGUAGAACCUCUUGUUCCUAUCCUGUCUGUAACUCCUCCUCCUCCUCCUCCUCCUCCACCACCACCUCCUCCUCCUCCUCCAGGAGGCCCACCAGUUUUUGGCAUGGCUCCAUUUGCUCCACCUCCUCCUCCAGGAGCUCCAUUAGGAACUGCCCCCCAGAAGAAGAAGAAUAUUCCUCAGCCAUCAAACCCAUUGAAGUCAUUCAACUGGAGCAAACUGCCUGAGAACAAGUUAGAAGGAACCAUAUGGACAGAGAUUAAUGAUCUCAAGGUUUUCCAAGUUCUGGAUCUUGACGACUUCCAGAGGACCUUCUCAGCUUACCAGAAGCCACAAGUAAUGUAUUACACACUGACACUAAAACAGAAAGAGGCUGAGGAUGACCAUACUUCUGCUAAGAAAGUCAAGGAGCUGUCAGUUAUUGAUGGUCGCCGAGCACAGAAUUGUAACAUUCUGCUUUCACGACUGAAGUUGACCAAUGAGGAGAUCCGUCAUGCCAUCCUGACCAUGGAUGAACAGGAAGACUUACCCAAAGACAUGCUGGAGCAGCUUCUGAAGUUUGUUCCUGAGAAAAGUGACAUUGAGCUGUUAGAGGAACACAAGCAUGAGCUGGAGCGUAUGGCCAAAGCAGACCGCUUCCUGUAUGAGAUGAGCAGAAUCAACCACUAUCAACAGAGACUCUUAUCUCUGUACUUCAAAAAGAAGUUUGCUGAAAGAGUGGCUGAGGUCAAACCUAAAAUCAAAGCUCUGUGUCUUGCAUCCAUGGAGGUGGUGCAGAGCAGGACCCUGCGUCAGCUCCUAGAGGUGGUUUUGGCCUUUGGGAACUACAUGAACAAAGGACAGCGAGGAAAUGCCUAUGGGUUUAAAGUCUCAAGUCUCAACAAGAUAGCUGACACCAAGUCAAGCAUUGACAAAAACAUUACUCUACUUCACUACAUGAUCCACGUAUUGGAGAAGAAGUUUCCUAAGGUGGCAGCCUUCAGUGAAGAGUUACAGAAUGUGCCAGAAGCUUCGAGAGUCAAUAUGACAGAGUUGGAGAAGGACAUUGGCAAUCUGAGAAGUGGUCUAAAGAGUGUUGAAGCGGAGCUGCAGUACCAGCAGGCUGAGUCCUCUCAUGGUCCUGCUGAUAAAUUUGUUCCAGUGGUCAGUCAGUUCAUCACUGUGGCCUCCUUCAGCUUCUCUGAGGUAGAGGAGUCACUCAGUGAAGCCAAAGAACUGUAUGGAAAGGUGCUGAGACACUUUGGGGAAGACUCGUCCAAGCUGCAGCCUGAUGAGUUCUUUGGGAUCUUCGACACUUUCCUCACUGCCUUCUCAGAGGCCCAACAGGACAACGAGAACAUGGCCAGACGCAAGGAGGAAGAGGAGAAACGGGCACUCAUGGAGGCACAGUUGAAGAAAGACAGGGAGCAGAAGGCAAGGAAAGCCAAAGCAAAUGAAGAUGGCGAGGAGGGCGGUGAGUUUGAUGACUUGGUAUCUGCUCUGCGCUCUGGAGAGGUGUUCGAUAAGGAUCUGUCCAAAAUGAAUCGCAGAAAACAGCGGAGACACAACUUGUUCGACAGCAGCCGGGAGAGACCAGCAACAAAACUAAACCAGUGACACUACGUGGACAACAGCAUCUCAAUGGGACUGUUACAGCCCUGCUGAAACACAUGACGCUCUCAGUGGCACAGUGACAGUGGUGGGGAAGGUUGUUGGAUACACAGAAGACCAGAAACUCACAAGCAUGAACUCGAUAAGAUCUGGCCUACAGGUCCAAACAGAAAAUACUUUUUUAAAAGUCUAUAUGUUCAGGAUUUUAAAAAUGUGGACUUUGGUGCCCCCUGUGGUAGUCUCAAAAAAGACUAUGUGCACACUAAACCCACUAACAACAAGACUGAGUCAUUUUUCUUCAAACAAAAAGCAUGUGCCAUCAAAAUCAUUUGAAAGAUGUUGCAGAUGGUGCAUAUUGGUGGUGUGGAAAGUAAUGUUCUUGCAUGAAUUCAAGUUGCACUAGUUUUUGUGUAUGUGUGGCUGUAAGUGAAACAUGCUCUAACCAAAGAUGUAGAGAUAUUUCCUUCUCAUUGCCAAAUGGAGGUUUAGCAUGGGAAAUGACUUAUUUGACUUAAAGCAUGUACUACUUUUUCAUGUGUUAUUUUAGGUUACUUAUUUAAAGGUUCUAUAUGUAGGAAUUAUGCAGUAAUUGACAUGUAUUAAUUGUUUUUUAUUGCCAAUGAGUUAAAGGGUUGUAACAGAACUUCAAAAAGGAGAUUCUGGGUUGUCUGUAACAGCCUGUGGACUGAUUUCUAUGUGAAGGAUCUGGGCUGGAUUUUCCGCGAAAAUCCCUGCUGACUGCCUUUCCUCUGUCCAUGGUGUGGAUUGACUCUCACUGGCCACAGCACAGCAGGAGCCGCUGUGUGUGUGUUUGUGUGCAACCAAGUGCACGUGGGGGGGGGCUGACUGAGUGGGAGUGAGAGAGAGAGUCCAGAAACAUGGUGCAAAACAGAACGUUACAGAUAUUUUAUGUUAUUAUGAGUGUAAGCAAGGAAGGAAAAGAAUGUUUUGUACACAGAUGUAAAAUAGCUCAGUAGACACAGAUUAUAUUGAACAGAUUGGAUGAAAUUUGUUCUAUUUCCAAUAUGUUUGGAAUGUUGCAAAGUUUCUUUACAAACUAUUUAACCAUCUAAAAUAAUAGUUUUACAUUUUGGGAAAUUAACUUGUUCUCUUUCUUUCUGAGAGUGAGAUGUUCUGAUAGAUAUGUGUUAAGUACAGAGUCAGGGUGUGGUUAGCCUAGCUUAGCAUAAAGACUGGAAACGGGGGGAAACAGCUAGCCUCUGUCAAACGUAAUAAACAACCCCCAAAUCUGACUAAUUAACACACUGUAUUUUGUUUGUUCAACACAACCUGGGGAACAACAGUUGCAGUCACAGUGAGGGUGAAGGU